AUGCAGAAAUUCUCAGAUGGGCGAUCUGCCUACGCCACCGAACAUUUGGAUCUAGUGUCAAGAACCACUGAGAAAUCGCCUUUCUCGGAAUGGAUUCAGAAUGAGCCAAAGCCUCGAGACUUCGUCAUCCCUUCACUGCAUGCGUUCAAUGGAAAGGGAGACCCACUAAACCACCUAUUUCAAUUUCAACAGAAGAUGGCAUUAGAAGCUAAUAACGAAGCCAUACAAUGUAAAGUCUUUUCAACGACUUUCUCCGGGCCAGCUCUGUUAUGGUUCCGACAAUUAAAUCCUGGGUCACUCAACAGUUUUAGUGAUCUCCGACGGACCUUCUUACAGCAGUACAGUGCGAACCGAGAGGCACCCAGAACAAUGGCCGAUCUCUAUCGAAUUGAACAGGGGGAGAAUGAACAUCCGAAAGCGUACUUACAGCGUUUCAUUGACCUUGUGCAUCAGAUCCACGACGUUGACCCACUCACCGCAGCAAAUCUCUUCGUCAAAAGCCUGCAGGUGGGAUCACUCUUACAUGAGAAUCUCACCACGACACCACCAUACGAUAUGGCAGACGUGCAGACCCGAGCCGAGGGCGUCUUCAGGGUAUUAGAAUUCCGAGAGCGCGCACAGAAGAAGACUGCACUCAUCUCUGCUCCACCAACAAAUAAUCCUCCACCACCUGCCAGGGAUGACAAGAGAAAACGGAACCAAACAGAUCAUACGAAGGAAGGAAAAAGGCCAAGACAGGAUCGACAGCCAUCACGAUACCCAUCCUUCGAAUACACCGUCCCGCAAGAAGUCAUUUAUGAAGAAAAUAAAGACAGACCUAUCUGGCGAGAGCCCUACAAAAUUACCACUCUAUCUGACAGAAGGGAUAAAAGCAGAUACUGUCUCUUCCACAAAGAUCACGGUCAUAUGAUCGCUGAAUGCCACAAUUUGAACAAUCAAAUCCAAGCCCUCAUGAGGAGCGGGAGGCUUACCCAAUACAUCAAGGAGACAGGCAGACCAGGCGCCUUGCGGCAGAACCCAGUUUCUGCCCCCGCUCCGCAGGCGUCAGACCCCGUGCACACAGCCUCUGACAGCACCCUGGAGCCUCUUAAGCAAGUCCCCAUGAUCCAUGGGAUCGUAGAACCCACUGAUAAUCAAGAGCAUACGACUAAAAUCCAUAAAAGGAUGGAAGAACGAGUGAAGUGA